UCCUUAUCACUUCGAUAGCGCCGUGGCGGCGUGGCCCCGUAUCCAAAUACCUACAUACAAUAAUUAUGAAUUACUCGGAAAACAAUGCCAAACGGCUAAAAUCCUUAGGGAGCGGCUCUUGUAAUUCGAUAGUCACCUCACAUGGAAUACAUCAUAAAUAUAUCAUUAUCCCAUGUCGCUCGUGUAUAGCCCGUUGAGAUUUUGCGACGAUAAGACCCGUCACCCCGAGUCGCUGCGCCGCUCGUUAUGACUGUAAGUCUACAACUGUACAUCUUAUUUUGUAUUUUGUACAGCGGCAGCGAUCGUUUACAGUUGACAUCAUGUUAAAACCUAUUAUAUAAUAAUUAGUAAUCGGUACCUAUAUUGUUGUUGUAAAAGUAGCCACGACGCGCAACGCCACAAUCUCGUCGCCUUAUCUGCCGCGUCAUCGUGACGGACGACGCACCGGUGUACCGUUGACCGGUGCUAAUCUUAAUAGGUAGCUAUAAUUCCAUAAUCUAUGGUGAUAUUUGCACGAACAUAAUAUUCUUUUCCUGCUACGUGACGACCGUGUCACGCGAUUAGCUCCGUAAUUGUAUUACAACGUAGGUACUUGCAAUAACAUUUUUAUCGGUCAGUUUUAAUAGUUUUAUUAGUCCGAUAUCGACGUCGUCGCGUAGAGGCCGAAAGUCGUCCCGCCUGACAUCCGAUCGCGACCGCCGCCGUCGACAGGCAAUCGUCGAGAACCUCCACGACUUGUCGUCACCCCCGCGGUUUCACACGGUUCAGUACUGACGACGUUUGUUUCCUUUCGUGUGACGGACAUUGUGCACUUGUUGCUCGACACCGUUCUCACAACACGUCAAUAAUAAUUGUUAGUUUUUGUUGUCGUUAUACCUAAUUGAUCGACGUGGAAAUAAGCGCUAUCAAGCCAUUUCACUCACUUCACACGUUCGAUUUACGUCCUCGUUCAGCCAUGAAGUUCAUCGAUGAGAUCAAACAAAAGUUUGCUUCCACAAUUCAUAUCCGAUGUGAAAAUGAUGUCAACGCAAAGAUUGAACAACUAGUGUCGGGCGGCCCAGAUAAAUUACAAAUAAUAUCAGAUUUUGAUCGAACCAUAACUACUUCAGAGUAUAACAAUAAACAAACCAUGAGUAGUUUUAGUGUAUUUGAAGCAUGUGACAGUCUGUCAGAAGAUUAUAAAGAAAAAGCACGAACACUAUUACAAAAAUAUCGACCAAUCGAAGAUAACACACAAAUGACAGUUGCACAAAAGUUACCGUUUAUUGAAGAAUGGUGGCAUCAAAGUGAACUUUUGUUGAAAGGCCUGUGUUUCCAGUACGAAGAUAUUAAUAAAUCUAUCGAGAAAGCUAACCUUCAUCUUAGAGACGGAAGUACUGAAGCGUUUAACAAAUUAUCCAGAAAUAAAAUACCUAUUAUAGUUUUAUCUGCUGGCAUUGGUGAUGUUGUUGAACUCAUACUAAUACAUGAAAAUUUAUUUACUGAUAAUGUAUCGGUAGUGUCAAAUUUUUUAAAAAUGUCUACAGACAAAAAUGGUUUAUCCAAAAUUGAAGGAUUCAGAGGAAAUAAACUCAUACACGUAUUUAACAAAAAUGAACAUGCAUACAUUGAUGCACAUCAAAAUGAUACGCAUUUAAGUGGAAGAUCCAAUGUUAUCCUUUUAGGUGAUUCAUUAGGAGAUGCAAAUAUGGAUGGUGGUAUCCCUUACGAUACUGUACUACGUAUAGGAUUUUUAAACGCUGAUUUGAUGGAACACGAGGAUGGAUAUUUGCAACAAUAUAAACUUGCUUUUGACAUAGUUUUGGUUCAAGAUCAAACUAUGGGAUUGCUAAAUUAUUUGUUAGAUGAAAUAAUCGGAGUAAAAUCAAUGCUGUCAAAUAAAAGAUAAUAUAAAGAAACAACAAAGUGGCUAUUACUAAUUAUAGUAUACUAUUUUUAUAUAGUAAUAAAAAUCAAAUUAAAUAUUAUA